GCCUCCCCCGCACAGAAGCGCGACGCUCAUUGGUCGGCGUAGCCGUCGCCGAGCCAAUCGUAACCUCCUCACUGGCUGCCGUUCCUCUUGAGCGCCCCCCGGUGGAGCCGCCGUUACCCGCCCGUCCUUGCGCGCCCCCUGGCGGCGCCGCCGCGCUCCGGGCCGGGGCGGGGCCGGGCGGGGCGGGGCGGGGCCGGGAGGCGGCGGCGGCCGGACGCGACGGGCAGAGCCUCCCCCGCCGCCCCCCGGUGCCUGGGCCGGGGAUGGGGAACGUGGAGAGCGCGGACGGGGAGGCGCUGUCCCGGGGACCGGGAGCGGCGGCGGCGGCCCAGGGGGGGCCCGGGCUGCUGGCCCCGGGCAAGAUGCCGAUGCCGGAGCCCUGCGAGCUGGAGGAGCGCUUCGCCCUGGUGCUGAGCUCCAUGAACCUGCCCCCAGAUAAAGCCCGGCUCCUGCGGCAGUAUGACAACGAGAAGAAGUGGGACCUCAUCUGCGACCAGGAGCGGUUCCAGGUCAAGAGCCCCCCCCAUGCUUACAUCCAAAAGCUGCGGAGCUUCCUGGAGCCGGGCGUCACGAGGAAGAAGUUCAGGAGGAGGGUGCAGGAGUCCACCAAGGUCCUGCGUGAGCUGGAGAUCAGCCUGAGGACAAACCACAUCGGGUGGGUGCGUGAGUUCCUCAAUGAUGAGAACAAGGGGCUGGAUGUGCUGGUGAACUACCUGUCCUUUGCCCAGUGCGCCGUCAUGUUGGAUUUUGAGGGGCUGGAAGGUGAGGACGGCGCGCUGGAGAAGCUGCGCGCCUGGAGCAGGUCCAUCGAGGAUCUGCAGCCCCCCAGCGCUCUGCCCGCGCCCUUCGGCAGCAGCAUCGCCCGCUCCGCUCGCCAGAGUGCCCUACGCUACGGGACGCUGCCGAGCCGUAGGGCACUGAAGAAUUCACGCCUGGUGAGCCAGAAGGACGACGUCCACCUCUGCAUCAUGUGCCUCCGGGCCAUCAUGAACUACCAGUACGGCUUCAACCUGGUCAUGUCCCAUCCCCAUGCUGUUAAUGAGAUCGCUCUGAGCCUCAAUAACAAGAACCCGAGGAUGAAGGCGCUGGUGCUGGAGCUGUUGGCAGCUGUCUGCUUGGUGAGGGGUGGCCACGAGAUCAUCUUGGCUGCCUUCGACAACUUCAAGGAGGUCUGCAAGGAGAAGCACCGCUUCGAGCGGCUGAUGGACUACUUCCGCAAUGAGGACAGCAGCAUCGACUUCAUGGUCGCCUGCAUGCAGUUCAUCAACAUCGUGGUGCACUCUGUGGAGGACAUGAACUUCCGCGUCCAUCUCCAGUAUGAGUUCACCAAGCUGGGGCUGGAGGAGUUCCUGCAGUCGAGGCACACGGAGAGUGAGAAGCUGCAGGUACAGAUCCAAGCGUACCUGGACAACGUCUUUGACGUGGGGGGGCUGCUGGAGGAUGCCGAGACCAAGAACGUGGCACUGGAGAAGGUGGAGGAGCUGGAGGAGCAUCUCUCCCAUCUAACGGAGAAGCUGCUGGACCUGGAGAACGAGAACAUGAUGCGGGUGGCGGAGCUGGAGAAGCAGCUGCUGCAGCGGGAGAAAGAGCUGGAGGUGGUCAAGGAAACCUACGAGCACACGAGCCACCAAGUGCGCACCCUGCGGCGCCUCAUCCAGGAGAAGGACGAAGCGUUCCGGCGGCGCUACGGCUCCGAGCCGCCCCCGGCGCCGGGCACCGAGGCCCUGCCCCAGCCCCAGCCCGAGCCCCCGGGGGACACCCCGAGGGUCUCCGUCCUGCCCCCCGCCGAGCCCGCGCCUCCCCCGCCGCCGCCUGCUCCCCCCCUGCCGCCCCCCGCCCCCCCGCUGCCCGGCAAGUGCCCCCCAGCUCCGCCACUGCCCGGGGCUUCACCCUCCAUCGCCCUCACUGUGGGGCUCUCGGCCAUCCGCAUCAAGAAGCCCAUCAAAACCAAGUUCCGGCUGCCGGUCUUCAACUGGACGGCGCUGAAGCCCAACCAGAUCAGCGGGACCGUGUUCAGCGAGCUGGAUGAUGAGCGGGUGCUGGAGGACCUGGACCUGGAGCGCUUCGAGGAGCUGUUCAAGACCAAGGCGCAGGGGCCAGCACUCGACCUGGUGUGUGCCAAGAGCAAGGGAGCGCAGAAGGCGGCGAGCAAAGUGACGCUGCUGGAGGCCAACCGCGCCAAGAACCUGGCCAUCACCCUGCGCAAAGCUGGCCGCAGCGCUGAGGAGAUCUGCAGGGCCAUCCACACGUUUGACCUGGCGACGCUGCCGGUGGACUUUGUGGAGUGCCUGAUGCGGUUCCUGCCCACGGAGGCGGAGGCGAAGGCGCUGCGGCAGUACGAGCGCGAGCGGAAGCCGCUGGAGGAGCUGGCGGACGAGGACCGCUUCAUGCUGCACUUCAGCAAGGUGGAGCGGCUGCCGCAGCGCAUGGCCAUCAUGGCCUUCCUCGGCAACUUUGCUGACAACCUCCAGAUGCUCACACCGCAGCUCAAUGCCAUCAUCGCGGCCUCAGCCUCUGUUAAGUCGUCCCAGAAGCUCAAGCACAUGUUGGAGAUCAUCCUGGCACUGGGCAACUACAUGAACAGCAGCAAGCGCGGCGCUGUCUACGGCUUCAAGCUGCAGAGCCUGGACCUGCUCCUGGACACCAAAUCAACGGACAGGAAGAUGACGCUGCUGCACUUCAUCGCGCUGACGGUGCGGGAGAAGUACCCGGAGCUGGCGACCUUCUGGCAGGAGCUGCACUUCGUGGAGAAGGCGGCUGCAGUGUCCCUGGAGAACGUGCUGCUGGACGUGAAGGAGCUGGGCCGGGGCAUGGAGCUGCUGCGGCGCGAGUGCGGGCUGCACGAGCACAGCGUCCUGCGCGGCUUCCUGGCCAGCAGCGAGGGCAAACUGGAGCGGCUGCAGCGGGACGCGCGCACGGCCGAGGACGCCUACAACACCGUGGUGCGGUACUUCGGCGAGAGCCCCAAGACCACCCCCCCGUCCGUCUUCUUCCCAGUCUUUGUCCGCUUCAUCCGCUCCUAUAAGGAUGCGGAGCUGGAGAACGAGACGCGGAAGAAGCAGGAGGAGGUGAUGCGGGAGAAGCUGCUGGCGCAGGAGGCCAAGAAGCAGGAGAAGCGCAACAAGUGGCAGCAGCAGGAGCUGAUCGCGGAGCUGCGGCGGCGCCAGGCCAAGGACCAUCGCCCGGUCUACGAGGGCAAAGACGGCACCAUCGAGGACAUCAUCACCGCGCUGAAGAGCGUCCCCUUCACCGCCCGCACGGCCAAGCGCGGGUCCCGCUUCUUCUGCGACCCCGCGCACCACGACGAGUCCAACUGUUAGCGUCAGCCCGCAGGUGGAUCCGGCUGUAGCUGUGGCAGGGCCUGGACCCCAGCACCGGAUGGGGGGGCACUACCUGGACACCCCCUCCCGCCUGCAUUGGGGCCCAGCUGACCCCUGGGGGUGCCCCCACCCCAUUGGGGUUCUCCCCCACAGCUCCCCAUGGGGACCACGGGGCACCCACCCCCGCGCUCGUCACUUUGACCACAGAUGUGAACACUAAUUGCCAAAGAAAAGGGACCAAAGCCAGGCUGGGGGGGGGGAGUGGCAGGACGGUGCCCCCCCCCCCCCGCCCCAGACCCCCCCCAAUCCAAUCCCCCCCCCCCCCCCGUGACUUUUUGUACAUGUGAAAUAUAUGGA